AUGCAGGGUGUCGAGGAAGGCAUCUCACAGGUGGCCAGAAAGAGCCGUGACGCUCGCCAGCAUUUUGUAUGGAAUUUUCCCGUCGAGAUCACCUACAAGAGCUCCAACGUUUCGGGCUGGCCGCAGCUCGUCCUGGCCGUGUACGGCUUGGACGCCUUCGCCAACGAUGUCGUACGUGGUUACGGCGCUGUGCACGUGCCUCCCAUCGCCGGAACGCAUCGCAAGAGUGUCGAUUUAUUCGUGCCGGACUCGUCGUCGGUGAUGCACAAGAUGACCAGCUGGCUCACGGGACGACGACCCGAGUUCGUUGACCCGAAAGUAGUGGCCCGAGGAGAGGGUCGAGAAGUUACGAGAACGACAUCAAACGGGAAAGUGAGCGUGGCAUUCAACGUCGUCACCAAGGACAUGAAGAAGUUCGGCUACAACCUUGGAGGCACUACACCUACGCAAAACGUCAGUGUUGGCCUGCCGUUCUGGUAA